AAGAGUGUGACCUAGUCACAAGCGCAAAAAGUUCAAAUAAACGUAUUUACAUAAACGAAAAAUGAGGACAGAAAAUCGUAUUUGAAACGAAAGUAAACGAACAUGGACAUCAGACCGACGACACUUUGGCCACGGAUGAAUCUCGUUGUAAUUGUCAAUGCCCAUAUUCAGCGCUACAUGAGAGUCUACAAUCCGACAAUCUGGGACACCGUGAGUAGGAGGGAGGACAGUGAGGAACUGGAUUUACCCGAUGUGUAUAUCUGCUUUUGACGCGAGUUAGUUUCUUGUUUUGGAUGACCGCUUAUUCACCCGCCUUUAAAAUGGAAGUGUAAAAGCCUACACGCGCUUAAUUGGAGUUUAUUCCAUAGGAGCCCGUUGAUAUUUUAGAGGUGAGGUCGCAGUGUGUGAUUAUAUCGAGGCAGUGUUUCCGAAUACAGAUUAUUACAUUUAUCCCGAAUAGAUUUUCCUCAGCACUGCACAUGCAUGUCACCCGGCUCUGCUGAAGCUUCACAUCGAUUCCAUGUUAGCCAUGGGCUUGUUGGUGCUCUCUAAUACCACAUACUUGGUUUCUGAGUGAUUAAGCAUUCUAGACAACUGCCGUGUCAUGAUUGAAGACGCGCGCAGUGAAGAACCAAACAAAGUGCCACAAUUCGGAAAGCUAGCUCGCACCUGGUUCAGAAACAUCAAUCCUCUUGUCUGUCUGUGCAAAUCCUGAGCCGCGUGGAUAUUACAUAUCAAAGUCAGAGAAAGAGAAGGGGGGAGGGAGUUAGUGUCGGGUGAUUUCCUCCCCUCGCCAAAUUUCUGUCCGGGAGUCGUUGACACUCCUUCAUAACCCUGCUCUUUCGCGCCUCGCGCAGAUGGCCAAAGCGCCGUGGGCACAGAAGUCUCCAAACCCCAGAAUUCUACUUACCGCACCGAACCCCAGUAGACCACCGAGAUAGAGGAUGAGACCAUAAAAUAGCCUAGUGUUAAUUGUAGUUAUUUCAAUGAAUUUAUGAAUAUAGCCGUAUGGUCUUUGUGCAAACUCAUCUACACUCUAUGUGCACGUCCCCGGUACCAGCUGCACAUCCCCAGCCGGCGUUGGUGAUGCCAUGCCCCGCAACCACAGUGGCGAUGAGGCAGGUACUGGGCUCUGGAUGAAAACCUCACCAGGGCGUCGGGCUCAGGACUACGGGUUGAAAGAUGUGGAGUCUGGACGGAGGAUGAUGAACAACGCGGUUCGAGUCGGAGACAGGAUGCUUUCGCUGGGCCCUGCAGGUGCAGACAGCGCGGAGAGGCAAAAGGGCGCCCGGAUGAGUUUGCUCGGGAAGCCGCUCAUCUACAGCGCGCAGAGCGGGCGCAGGAAUGUGCGCUACCGGCGUCUGCAGAAUUACCUCUACAAUGUGCUGGAGAGACCCAGGGCAUGGGCGUUCAUCUACCACGCCUUCGUGUUCAUCUUGGUGUUUGGCUGUCUGGUCCUGUCAGUGUUCUCCACAAUCCCUGCCCAUCAAGACCUGUCCAACCACUGUCUGCUCAUCCUGGAGUUUGUGAUGAUCGUGGUGUUUGGGCUGGAGUACAUCAUCAGGAUAUGGAGCGCAGGCUGCUGCUGUCGCUACAGGGGAUGGCAGGGACGCCUCCGCUUUGCCAGGAAACCCUUCUGUGUCAUAGACAUAAUUGUCCUCAUAGCUUCCAUUGCUGUGGUGUCCGCUGGUAGCCAAGGUAACAUCUUUGCCACCUCAGCAUUGCGUAGCCUUCGCUUCCUGCAGAUCCUGCGGAUGGUGCGUAUGGACCGCAGAGGGGGCACUUGGAAACUACUGGGAUCUGUAGUCUAUGCACACAGUAAGGAGUUGGUGACAGCCUGGUACAUUGGGUUCCUGGUGCUCAUCUUCUCUUCGUUCCUGGUCUACCUCGUGGAGAAGGAGUUCAACAAAGACUUUGCCACCUAUGCCGAUGCUCUGUGGUGGGGCACGAUCACCCUGACAACUAUCGGUUAUGGAGACAAGACUCCUCAGACAUGGACAGGUCGUCUGAUCUCAGCUGGCUUUGCUCUGAUGGGAAUCUCCUUCUUCGCCCUGCCUGCCGGUAUCCUGGGCUCAGGUUUUGCCCUGAAGGUACAGGAACAGCACAGACAAAAACACUUUGAGAAGAGGAGGAACCCAGCAGCCAGCCUCAUCCAGUGUGUCUGGCGUAGUUAUGCUGCUGAUGAGAACUCGGUUUCCAUAGCUACCUGGAAGCCUCAUUUGAAGGCGUUGCAUACCUGCAGUCCUGCAAAGAAAGAACAGGGCGAGACAACUAGCAGUACAAAGUUGAGCUUUAAGGAGCGGGUACGGAUGGCAAGCCCUCGCGGCCAGAGCAUGAAGAGCCGCCAGACAUCCAUCAACAAUGACCGACGCUGUUCCCCAGGCAACGAUGUGGCGGGCGCUAACACGGGAACCAGCCCUGCUAAGGUGCAGAAGAGCUGGAGCUUCAAUGACCGCACACGCUUUAGACCCUCCCUGCGCCUCAAGAGUCAAUCACGCACCGCGCCCUCCGAGGUGGACACAGGAAUGGGGAAUGAUGACGCAUUCGGCGACAGAGUUUGCCACUGUGAUGUCACCGUGGAAGACCUAUCAGCUCCAUUGAAGGCUGUCAUCAGAGCCGUCAGGAUCAUGAAGUUUCAUGUGGCAAAGAAGAAGUUUAAGGAGACUCUGCGCCCGUAUGAUGUGAAAGAUGUGAUAGAACAGUACUCUGCAGGACACCUGGAUAUGCUCUGCAGAAUCAAGAGUCUACAGACUAGGCUGGACACCAUAGUGGGUCCUCCUCAGCAGCUGCUGAGUCCCAGAGUCAAGACCUUUUCCUCCCCCUCCCUGCACUUAUAUUACAACCAGGCCAGGAGGAAGUCCAUGCCAGGGACGAAGUCUGUCCCAGGACUGGCCACUGGACUGGGUCCCACACUGGGCAGCAAACCUGGGAACAUGUCCUCCCCCUCCCUGCAAUUAUAUUACAGCCAGGCCAGGAGGAAGUCCACCCCAGGGAUGAAGUCCCCAGGGGUGGAUCAGAUACUGGGUAAGGGCCAAAUCCCCAUCGACAAGAAGAUCAGGGACAAGCUGCACCCUGACAGGGAUACUCUGGAGGACAUGAGCAUGCUGGGACGUGUGUGUAAGGUGGAAAGACAGGUGACGUCCAUAGAGUCAAAGCUGGACUCUCUGCUGGAUGUGUACAGGCAGGUGUUACAAAAUGGUUCGUCUGCCCUCACCCUCUCCUCCCUGCCCCUGUUCGAGCUGGAGCACCAAACCUCCGACUACCGAAGCUCCAUCCUCAGCAAGGACCUGUCCUCUGGCUCCCCCCAGGGAGGGGAGGGCAGAGGGGGGCAUGAAAGUGGUGGGGGGAUGUCCCGGUCAACAACAGGCCAUCUCUCCAGGGGCCUCCAGCUCAUCCUGGCUCCCAGCGAGCUCACCCUCAACACCUGCCCCCCAUCCUACCCUGCCUCCACUGCAUCCCUCACGCCCUCGCCUCUCCUGCCGCCUGACAGCCCCUACCCGCUCCUCACCACACCCAGUAGUUUCCCCAGGCGAGCGCACUUCCCUGACCUCCCGCCCCCUCCACCAUCCGCUGGUGCUGCCACCCUUCAGCUGCCCCCCAUGGGCCCCCAGCAAAGACGUCCCCUCAGCCCCACCCAAGAUGCUACACGAGGGGGUAGGCUGGAGCAGAGCUCAGGCCUCUCUAUGGUGGUGGGCUCCGGGGUGGACCAUGGAGAGGAGGGGGACAGAGAGGGUGGACAUAGCUGGGGCAGGGUGCAGCUGAGGGGGAAGCCCCAUUUGAGGGAGGAGGGCCCCUGGAGGAGGCACAUGAGCCUGGAGGUGGACCCCAUGCUGCUGCUUUCCUCUGGAUGUGAUGGCAAGCCCUCGGAGCAGGAACAGGGGCUGGGGAAGUCCCUGUCGGCACAUAACCUCACCCAGACAUCUGCAGACAACCUUCCUAACCUGUCCUCCCCCCUCGGCAACAGUAGAAGUUCUAGUGACGACUUCCAUGGCGACCCCGACGCUAGCAACUGGGGCAAGACAGACCUUUUCAUCACCGGCCGUGACCUGGAACCGCAGGAGGACCAGUUUGAUUUCCUGUCCCAGGGGAGUGACUUCCUGUCCCAUCCCACAGCGGACGGUACUGGCUGCUUGGACGUUCUGCGGACUGAAGAUGGGGGGUCCUUAAGCAGUCUGACUGGUCUCCGCACCCACACAACGGGCAGUGCAGAGUCCCUCAACCAGCCUACCCACGUACGACUAAAAUAACUCUUCCAUAGGAGUGAAUAAGAUAAACCCUCCCCCCAACACAUACAUUACCAAUAUUACCACUGGACAAACAACAAAUAUAAUUGCAACUGUUGAUUAUAACUCUGUUUUUAAGAGAUGGGGGGAGGGGGGUUCUCACUCCUUUCAAUCAAAGAUUUCAGGCACCCUUUAUACUCUCAUACAUAUCAUUGCAUGGACUAUUUCGAAUUUCCUAAAACAGGAACAAGCAGAGAAACUAACAGGGGGAGGGGAGAUAGGGGAGGAAGAUUGGACAAAAGAGAGGAUGGUCAGAAAGUGUUAAUGUUUGCUCUCUCGGCUAUGCAUGACCACUGCAUGUCUAAACCGCACUUUGGGGUCGAGAGCAUUCAAGCCCUGGAAACACAGUCAUGAUGGCUGAGCCCAACCUCAUAAGUCCACAUUUCACCUGUUUAUCUGCAUGUUCCAGUAAUGUAUCCUCCAAACCCUUGGGAGGCAAUUAUGAGCAGUCAGCAAUUAUUACCCAAAUAUAGAAAAUGUCGUAAAUAGAUAAUACAAUAAAUAAUUUGAUAAUGACAUAAGAUAAUCCUACUGAUGUAAAGUUGUCAAAACAUUUUUUUUAAAUACAUUUUACAAUCUUGUGUGGCCACAUGAUUUUGAUGACAAAUCCAAUAUGCUGAUUGGGUGCUCUAAUCUGACAAGGCCAGUAGGAUUCAGUAUUUUCACUUUUAAAGGCAUUUGAGUGAAAGACAAACGGCAGCCAAAUAAGAUCAGUUAUUACUAUGGCACUGUAGAUGGUGAAACAAGGCUGUGGAACACUGCAGUUGUCGGUCACAAUAAACACUACAGAAUUCAGGGUUCCUUGUCGUACAGCUCAUGAGCCCACAGUAUUCCCUUCUGUUACUAGCUGGUUGACAGGGGACACUUCAAACUUUUAAAAUAAAUACAGUAUAUCUCCUCAAAGUGGAUGAACAUUAGUCUAUGACAGGUUGGGGACAUCUCUACAAAUGGUUAGCCAGCCUACACAUUGUCAGUAGCUAUAAUGAUCAGAACUUGUUACAGACUUGCCAUGGCACAGUUGAGCGGUGUGAGAGUAAGUCAGAGGAGUUGGAUCAUAAAUACAGGGAGAGAGGACCUGAUCCACCAUGUUUUAGUCCCCUUAAAGUGGUGGUAUGUGAGCCUACAAGCCUGGCACUUCCAAUAGAGCACACAGGAUCUUUUGUCUAGAGAAGGCCACUGGUCUUGUGUGUCUACUGUCCAACCAAUGUCAUCCCUAAUGAUGCUGUCCAUAGAGAUACACAGACAGGAAAGUAAUGAACAAGCCAUGUUGUAAGUGGAUGGAAAAUAUGGCAACAAGUCUGCUGUCAACUUCUGAAUGUGAUUUGUCUGUUGUUUGCAUGUCCCACUGCCUUACGAGGCAGUAGCACUGCUGACUGCCACUCAGCCUGAACACAGACGACUGCUCUUGAAUGAGAAUAUGCACAAACUGUGUUAGACAUCUUUAUUUUCUCUAUGUUGCACCUUUUUGUUGUUGAAGGAGAGAGGCACAGCAGUCUUAUAUGUAUUCUGUCGAGUUAACGAUGACAGCUUCCAUUCAACAUGUUUGUUUAUGUUUUUAUUUCGUUUUUUGAUUGGUGCAUAGGUGCAUUGGCUUAGCUGAUUAGCAAUUAUACUGUAUAAUGUGUAUAUUUUAUGUUCAUAUGUGUGACGUGACCAGCAAAAUCUAUAUAGCUGUGUGUUACAAUGGGAUUUUGUAUGAAAAUGGCCCGAGUUGGUACGAUAAAUGCACAACUGAAAGCACAAUUGUUUGGAGACGUUGGAACCUACAUAUGUGACUGGUGGUGUUAUUCUCUGUAAUGAAAUGUUUUCCAGAUACAUAAUCAAAAAACUGCGCUACAGACAGGAAGUACUUGUACAGAGGACAGAUGCAUUGGAGGCAGGACUGAAUAUUGAAUCCACUUGGAUAACCAUGGAGUUAUGAACUCUUUCAUAAUAUCAUGCUUGGUCUAAAAGUCUGAAGUUAUUAUAAUGUUUACUUCACUGACAUUAAUAGUUCAUUUCCCUCAGUUGAUUCUGGAAAUGGUCGUUCCAUGGGAUUUCAAUCACUUUCUGACUGCACCCCUUUUGAUUUGAGCGAAACCUUCCGUACAUGUUUGUCCAUGUGAGAAGUGGUCAGAAAGGGACUUUUUGGUCCUGAAUGCCAAAAUAUUCAGGAUCUAGAGAUGCUCAAAGUUGACACAUUUUGCAUAUCCCCUCCUACCAUGAGGCAUCCAUGUCUUCAUCACUGAAUAAGAUAAACGGUUGAGUUUGACAUCAUUUGAAAGCUUACAAACAGGGUUAUCCAACUGUUAUAUGAUUUAUUGAAAGAAAGCUUUUAAAAUAAAAAUGAUGUCCUUUUUUUAAGCUUUAACAUAAGUCAUCUAAAAACACGUCAAUUCAGAUUUUAUUUUCAUGUUCAUAUACAGUACCAGUCAAAAGUUUGGACACACAAGGGUUUUUCUUUAUUUUUACUAUUGUCUACAUUG